UCCUUUGGGCGCAAAAGGGGCUCUGGUAAGUGCCAUCCUCAACUAGCAUCAGGGUUUCCGGCGGAGAGGGGAGUGGGGCUGUGGAAGCCGCGCCUGGACCCAAUUCCCGAAGGAAGUGAUGUCAGAUAGAGCGCGUCCCCGGCGCCAAGCAGCUCCCUGAUUCGCUGGCUGCGGUUUAAUCCCUCCUCGAGUGCGGACGCAGGCGGGUGGUCUAGAGAGGGAGAGUGGGGUGAGGUUCUGCCCACCCCCAGUGGGGCCGCCUACGGCCGAGUUCUCUGAAUUCUGAGAUUGUCAUGAUGUCUUCUAAUUCAUCCAUUACCUCUUGGAUUCCAGUUUUUUCAGAGGCAUCACAUAAUGUCCUCUGAAACAUUGCCAGCAUUUAUUGAGUCUUCUAAUGUUGAAAGAAAGCAAAGCUUAAGUGAAGAACAAGAGAAGAGCCAGAAGCCAAGAUUAGGUGAAGGAUUUGAACCAAUAUCUAAACGACAAAUGAAGAAGCUAAUUAAACAGAAACAAUGGGAAGAGCAACGAGAACUCCGCAAACAAAAACGGAAGGAAAAACGCAAGAGAAAACAAUUAGAGCGACAAUGUCAACUGGAAUCAAACUCAGAUGGAAACGACAGAAAACGUAUUCGAAGAGAUGUUGUUCACAGCACACUCCGCCUUAUCAUUGACUGCAGUUUUGACAGCUUGAUGGUAUUAAAGGACAUUAAGAAACUUCAUAAGCAGAUUCAACGGUGUUAUGCAGAAAAUCGACGAGCACUGCAUCCUGUGCAGUUUUACUUGACAAGCCAUGGAGGCCAGUUGAAAAAGAACAUGGAUGAAAAUGACAAAGGAUGGGUCAACUGGAAGGAUAUCCACAUCAAACCAGAGCAUUAUAGUGAAUUUAUAAAGAAAGAAGACCUAAUUUAUCUUACAUCAGACUCACCUAAUGUACUGAAGGAAUUAGAUGAAUCAAAGGCCUAUGUGAUUGGAGGGUUAGUAGAUCACAACCAUCACAAGGGACUCACAUAUAAACAAGCAUCAGAUCAUGGAAUUGAUCAUGCACAGCUCCCCCUUGGAAAUUUUGUGAAGAUGAAUAGUAGAAAAGUUUUGGCAAUUAAUCAUGUGUUUGAGAUUAUUCUGGAAUAUCUGGAAACCAGAGACUGGCAAGAAGCAUUUUUUACUAUCUUACCCCAACGGAAAGGAGCUGUUCCCACAGACAAAGCCUGUGCAAGUUCUUCUCAUGACAAGAAUUCUGCCAGUGUUGAAGGUGGAUUAGACAGUGAUUCUAGUGACGAGGAAAAUAGCAGAAAUGAACUAGAUUCACAAUAUGAAGAAGAAAAGCAGGAUAAAGAAAAUAGCAGUGAAUCUGCGGUAAACUCUAUACCACACUAAUGUCAUCUGUUGUUUUUUGUUUUGUUUUGUUUUGUUUUGUUUUUUUAGUUUAAGGAAAACUUAGGAAAAAAUGAGGUGCUUCAUAGAAUACUCUAAUUGGAAGAAAAUUUUAUUUCCUCUUAUUUCUGUUGUGAAUUUUUAAAAUGUUCUUUAGGGCUAAAUGAUAAAAAGCCCUUAUAAGAAAGCAUUUUUUGUUUUUGCAUAAAAUUUAAAUGUUUAAUUUUUAAAAUAGUUUUCUAAGCCUCAAAUAACAGUUUCUUGAGAAUUUUACUUUUUUGGUAAACCUUCAUUCUCUUUUAUUUACUGGAUUAUAUUCUUUAGAAUGUGCCUUCAAACCUUUCAGUUUUUUUUUAUGUUUACAUCAAGUGUCUCUCUGAUUUAUUGUCUACUUAUUUGUGGAGAUAGAUAUUUAUAAAUCUCCUGUAAAUCUACCAAAAUGUUCUAAAUGGGAGGUUAUCUCCUAUUUGCAGCUUUUUUAUUCAGUUACUUCAAAAAUAACUUAGUUACUUCAAAGGAAUACAGUGAUUUUAGGAAGAACUAUUAGAUUGAUAAACUCAACAGUUUAUUUCUUUUGCACUAUGGAGUUCCUCCACUAUGAUGCCUUUUUGUGGCUCUAAAGCAAUCACUAAAGAAUUAAGAAUCUCUUUAAUAUGUUUUCUUAAUUUCAAUAAUGGUGGUAAAUUAUUUCAAUUGAAAAUUUUAAUUUUUCAGGCUAGAUUAUUUUAAAAGGCUGUUGAGUCUCAAUUUUGUUUUAUAUUUAAAAGGAAACAGCUCUUAGUUAUCCUUCCCUUCUAUAUGUACUUUUAUUAAAUAAAAUAUUUGUUGUUCUUAAAGUGAAACAAGUUAACUUUAUAUGUGCAUCUGUCUACUAGCGUAUAAUAUGCAAUCUAAUGUAACUGUAUGUUUCUACAUAUAAGCAUGUAUGAAAAAAAUAUAUAAUUGUAUGUAUAUGUAUCUGUCCACAAUCAUGUAUGAUUCUUAGUUAUUAAUGAUAACAGGACUGAGUUGCCAAAUAUCCAUAUUAAUUGCAUGAAUGGUUGUGUUGAACACUAAGAAUUUGGAUUUUAGAAAGUACAAAAAUCUGUAACUAAAAAUUUGUAUGAGGAUAUUGGCAAGGGAAGAUGGGACUAUAAGGAGAUGUUUUGUUUUCUACCAGCAAAUGUAGAGCAGUUAUUUUCAAAGUAGUGAUUUUUCUUUGUCACAGCUAAAGUAAGAUAUUGGAAGCCUUCACUGAGUUUGGAUAAAUUAAGUUUCUGUUCUUUUCACCCAUUGGCAUCUUAAAUUAUAUACACAUUUGGUAGAAAGUUCAUUGGAUUUAGUAUCGAUGUUCACUGUCUCUUACUUUUGGUUGCUUUAGUUUAGUAAUCUGUUGUAGUCAUCCAUUUAAAAUAAGAUCUGUGAGCAAGGUAUGUAAAUAAAGAAAACCCCCUACUAGUCUAGAAGAGCAAA